CCGCGCUCCGGCCCCGCCAUGGCCCGAGGGCGCGGGACGCGGCGCUGACGGCGGCCGGCGGGGCGCGCCAUGCCCAGCAGGGCCGGCCCCAAGAUGGACGGGAGCGGCGGCCGCGUCCGGCUGAAGGCGCACUACAGCGGGGACAUCUUCAUCACCAGCGUGGACGCGGCCACCACCUUCGAGGAGCUCUGUGAAGAAGUGAGGGACAUGUGCGGCCUGCACCAGCACCACCCCCUCACCCUCAAGUGGGUGGACAGCGAAGGUGACCCUUGCACGGUGUCCUCGCAGAUGGAGCUGGGGGAGGCCUUCCGCCUGGCCGGCCAGCGCAGGGACGACGGGCUCAUCCUUCACGUGUUCCCCAGCACGCCGGAGCAGCCAGGCAUGCCGUGUCCCGGGGAAGACAAAUCCAUCUACCGCCGCGGAGCCAGAAGAUGGAGGAAGCUGUACCGUGCCAACGGCCAUCUCUUCCAAGCCAAGCGCUUUAACAGGAGAGCGUACUGUGGCCAGUGCAGCGAAAGGAUAUGGGGCCUCGCAAGGCAGGGCUACAGGUGCAUCAACUGCAAACUGCUGGUCCAUAAGCGUUGCCACGGCCUCGUCCCGCUGACCUGCAGGAGGCAUAUGGAUUCUGUCAUGCCUUCCCAAGAGCCUCCAGUAGACGACCAGAGUGACGACGCGGACCUUCCUUCUGAGGAGACUGACGGAAUCGCUUUCAUCUCCACCCGGAAGCAGGACAGCGGCAAGGAGGACGCCGAGGACCUCAAGCCCGUGAUCGACGGCGUGGACGGCAUCAAAAUCUCUCAGGGGCUCGGGCUGCAGGACUUCGACCUCAUCAGGGUCAUCGGGCGCGGGAGCUACGCCAAGGUCCUCCUGGUGCGGCUCAAGAAGAACGGCCAGGUCUACGCCAUGAAGGUCGUCAAGAAGGAGCUGGUCCACGACGACGAGGACAUCGACUGGGUGCAGACGGAGAAGCACGUGUUCGAACAGGCGUCCGGCAACCCCUUCCUGGUCGGCCUGCACUCCUGCUUCCAGACAACGAGUCGGUUGUUCCUGGUCAUAGAGUACGUCAACGGAGGCGACCUCAUGUUCCACAUGCAGAGACAGAGGAAGCUCCCGGAGGAGCACGCCAGGUUCUACGCCGCGGAGAUCUGCAUCGCCCUGAACUUCCUGCACGAGAGAGGGAUCAUCUACCGGGACCUGAAGCUGGACAACGUCCUGCUGGACGCCGAGGGCCACAUCAAGCUCACGGACUACGGCAUGUGCAAGGAAGGCCUGGGCCCCGGCGACACGACCAGCACUUUCUGUGGGACCCCAAAUUACAUCGCCCCAGAAAUCCUGCGGGGAGAAGAGUACGGGUUCAGCGUGGACUGGUGGGCGCUGGGCGUUCUCAUGUUUGAGAUGAUGGCCGGGCGCUCCCCCUUCGACAUCAUCACCGACAACCCUGACAUGAACACGGAGGACUACCUUUUCCAAGUCAUCCUGGAGAAGCCGAUCCGGAUCCCCCGGUUCCUGUCCGUCAAGGCCUCCCACGUCUUGAAAGGCUUUUUAAACAAGGACCCCAAAGAGAGGCUUGGUUGCCGGCCACAGACUGGUUUUUCUGAUAUCAAAUCUCACGCGUUUUUCCGCAGCAUAGACUGGGACCUGCUGGAGAAGAAGCAGGCGCUGCCCCCGUUCCAGCCACAGAUCACGGACGACUACGGCCUGGACAACUUCGACACGCAGUUCACCAGCGAGCCUGUGCAGCUGACCCCAGACGACGAGGACGUCAUCAAGAGGAUCGACCAGUCCGAGUUCGAAGGCUUCGAGUACAUCAACCCACUCCUGCUCUCCACUGAGGAGUCCGUGUGAGGCCGCGCAGCCCCGCCGUGGACACGCCUGUGAAUGACCCUUGACCUUUAUCCUGAACCACAGCAUAUGCAUGCCAGGCUGGGCACGAGGCUCAGGACCGGCCGGCGCCCGGGCCCAGCGAGGCAGGCUCCGCGCCGCGGGUGCCGAGGGCAGACUUGCACGGCCCUCAGACACAGAACUCGGUGCCCCGACCUCUGCGCCAGGAAGCUGGCGUGUCCUGUCCCGAGGAAUAAAAUGUGCCGAUGAUG